UGCUCCAUCACAUCUACAAGGCGCAGGAAGCUGUUGUCCUGAAGAGAGGAGGCUGUCAGCAACAGGAAGCAGCUGAACAACGGAAGCGUUUUUGCAUUUCGGAAUAAUUUCACUGCUGCUCUGAGUAGAGGAGGUGUCUAGGAACAUGCUGUCAACGCGCAGGUGAAACCCAUCUGCUAAUUGCACUCUACAAGUUCUUCGCUGCUACUACUUUCAAGUCCUCGUGAGGAUUUGUUUAGUUUUCUUUGGUUAAGAUUCACAGAGAUAGUUUUAAAAUCUUGAUAAAUGUCUCGCAAGAAGUCCGCCAAAGGUAAAGCCGUGACAAGCAGCCCGUCUGCGGACAGCCCCGCCGGGAAAGGGGCCGGGAAGACCGCGAGGAGCAGCCCGGGAAUUGUUCAGAUGAACGGCGUGGUCCAUCCCAGUAGACCGUCCAUCAGCAACAGCAGCGAGUUCUACGACAUCGCUUUCAAGGUGAUGCUGGUUGGAGACUCCGGUGUGGGGAAAACAUGUCUUCUAGUUCGUUUUAAGGACGGAGCUUUCCUGGCUGGCAGCUUCAUCUCCACUGUGGGCAUUGACUUUAGGAAUAAAGUCCUGAACAUUGAUGGAGUCAAGGUGAAGCUCCAGAUCUGGGACACAGCUGGACAGGAGCGGUUCCGCAGUGUCACUCAUGCCUACUACCGUGACGCCCACGCUUUGCUUCUGCUGUAUGACGUCACCAACAAAUCAUCCUUUGACAACAUAAAGGCAUGGCUGACUGAAAUCCAUGAAUACGCUCAACAGGAUGUGGUGCUCAUGCUGCUUGGAAACAAGGCUGAUGCCACUCAUGAGAGGGUGGUGAAGAGAGAAGAUGGUGAGAGGCUGGCAAAGGAGUUUGGAGUUCCCUUCAUGGAGACCAGCGCCAGGUCAGGUCUCAAUGUAGAGCUGGCCUUCAACGGUGUGGCGAAGGAGCUGAAGCACCGCUCUAUAAAGGAUCCCAUUGAGAAGUUUAAGCUCCAGGAGUAUGUAAACAAGGAGAUGAAGACCACCGGAUGCUGCAGGUCUUAAAGCCUGCCCUCAUCAUCCUCUGGAUCUGAGAGUGUGUGUUUGUGUGUGAGGAUCACUCGUGUUCGUACUCUGUUUUCCUAUCUGGCCUGAUCUGAGAUAAGAGUCGGCUCCAGCGAGGGAUACAUCUUGUUGCCCUUCAUUUUUCUCCACUCUCAAAUCGCCCUCCAUCUGUUGUUCUGCACUCCUCUCACUGCCCUAUUCUGUUUUGUCUGUCCUGCUUUUCCUCAAUCAUCUCCAUCCUGCAGCUGUGAAAGUAGCCCCGUAGUGUGGUGUGCAAAGGAUAACCCUGCACAACUCCAUUAUUAACAUAUUAAUGGACAUUUCCUGCCGUAACUGUAGCUGCAUGACAUUUUUAACCCAGAAUCAAUUGGGUUUAAUUGUAAAGGGAUUUAAAACCCUUUACAAUAUACCUUGUUUUGUAAUGCUAUUUAUUUCUCACAUCCAUUUAAAAUGUUACAAUGGUAUUUCUGGUUGAAUGUUCUCUUCUUGAAGAGCGUGUGGAUGAAUGUUAAUAUAAAAGAUGUAUUUUGAUGUGUGUUUGGUCCAUGGUCUAGUGUUAAUUUCAGUAAAUAAACAGGUUCCUUGGAGUCAGUUUAGCUCACCAGCAUAAACUCAAUCUAAGCAUUUCCAUGAUUCAGCUGUGGAUAUAGGGAAACAUGUCUUACUUGUAAUCAUGUAUAUUGCUAUUCUGUAUACAAAGAUAUGAUGUACAGAAGAGCAUCGUGAGCCACAUUAAAGUAUUUUAUUAGAUUUGAAUUCAUGCUAGAUGCAAAAAUGAAAUAUACAGUAGUUUAAACAAGCAUUCAGAAACAAGGCAGUGCAUGGGUCAAAGAACCUUAAACAUGUUUGGUAUAUUUUCAAUAUUAGAGGAUCAAUGUUGAGUCUUGAAAAGCUCUAAUGCAACCUUUCUUCUAAAUGAAUAUUUAUGCUUUAGUUAUUAAAUUGUUUAAAUCAGGAUCUUACAAACACGAUGUGAAACGUUUUUUUUGCUUGUAAAAAAAACAUAACUGUGGAAAAUAGCACUUUAGAUCGUAGAUAAGAGUAUGUGUGCAAUUGUUGGGGGUAUAUUGGGGAAAUGAAGACCUACAGUAUUGUGUAUAUUUCUCUUGUUUUAUUAGUAGUCAGUGUGCAAACAUUAGUAGACAGUUUUUUUUUCCAUUCAUCAUGAAUAUAUAAAUGGGUAGAUAGUGCCAUGCUUUCUGAAAUGUCCGACGAGUACAUUUUCUUAUAAUCUGUUAACAGGAUUAAACUGUUCUUUGUAAAAGAAGCAUAGGCCUCUUUUUGUACAGCUUGCUUUGGUAGGUUUCACUUUAUGUCUAGAAACUGGUUAUCUCUGUACAGUAUGUACUGCACUUUUUCAUAUUUCUUGAAUCUUGAUGUUCAGAGUAAUGUAUUAUUGGUUCCACUACUUUUUAAUGUGCAACUUCUUUCUUGUAACUGAAAGUUAACUACAAUAAAACACAGGGAAUGUGGCUUUUAUCCUUAA